AUGAUUGGUGUCAAUUCUGGGCUAGUUACUUUGAUGAUAAAGCAUCUGCAAGAAAAAAACAUAAAAGCUGAAGAUCUCAUGCAGUUUCACUGCAUUAUACACCAAGAAGCCCUCUGUUCUAAAAAAAUUGAAUUUCAAAAUGUCAUGAAAGUGGUAGUUUCGACUGUGAAUUUCAUGAAAUCACGAGGACUCAAUCACAGGCAAUUCAAACAAUUUCUUGAUGACAUCGAAAGCGAAUAUGGAGAUUUACUGUAUUAUACAGAAGUAAGGUGGCUAAGUCGUGGAUUGACACUGGAACGAUUUCUAAAUUUAAUAGAAGAAAUUGGAAUAUUUCUGGCGGAAAAGCAAAGGGAUGUCCCGGAACUUAAAAAUCCUGAUUGGUUGUGUGAUUUGGCUUUUUUAGUUGAUAUUACAAAUCAUUUGAAUGUCUUAAACACACGGCUUCAAGGCAAAAAUAAACUGAUAUCCCAGCUCUACGCUCAUGUAUCAUCAUUUCAAUGCAAGCUGACACUUUUCAGAUCGCAAUUGAAUUCUGGAAAUUACAAUCAUUUUCCGAAUUAUAAGAAAAUGGCUGAAAAAUUCAACAAAACUGCGACUAAUUUCAUUAAUGUAGAAAAGCUAGAUAUUUUGAUUGAAUCUUUUCAAGACAGAUUUUCGGAGUUUAAAAAAGUGAAACCUCUGUUGGACAUAUUCAGCAAUCCUUUCACGAUUUCAGUUGAAAAUGCGCCAGAGUCAAUGCAGUUAGAAAUUAUAGACACUCAAAACGACCAAGAUUUACGCAACAAAUUCAACGAAGGAGACUUGCUGAACUUUUACCGCUGCAUUGAUAAAAAUACGUACAAAGAGUUCCGCAUAAACGCUCUGAAAUGUGCCAGCUUAUUUGGUGCUACCUAUAUAUGUGAACAAACCUUUUCAAUACAAAAAAAACCUUUUCAAAAAAUCGAAACCGCCUUGCAAAUGAAAGUUUGGAAGCAGUUUUACGUGUUGCUACAAGUAAAUUUGAGCCAAAUAUAA